UCCCGUUUCGGAGUGUACGAUGCGACAACGAUCGAACGAAGCCGAGGACGACGACGACGACGACGACGACGACGAAGACGACGACAAUGGCGAUGCUCAACCCCGCCCUCCGAUCCACUCUCUGCCGCUCCGUGUCUCGUGGGUUUCACUCAACUGGGGUAAAGAGAAUGGGCGGAGCACAUGGCCAUGGAGAUGCGCCAUUCUAUGAACACGCAAAGCACAUGUACAACUUGGAUCGGAUGAAGCAUCAGAAGCUUAAGAUGUCCCUCUCGGUGCUAUCAGCCUUUAGCAUCGGGGUGGCUGUUCCCAUCUAUGCUGUCAUUUUCCAGCAGAAGAAGAGCGCCUCAGCUUAAUGGUGCAGGGAAUGGUUUCUCCGAUGUUAUGGCGGCGGAGUGUUAGGGUUUCAUAUCUCUGCGUAAAUAAUACGAUUAUUCCUUUUUGGCCAUUGCAAAACGAAGGGCUAGGAUUGCGUGAUUCACUACGCUCACUUUUUGACCUUGAUUCCCUUUAAACUACGUCAAUUUAGAUCACCAUACAUAUAUAACCUUAUAUAAGUUAAUUUGAUUGCAAUUAAUAUGUUUUUUUAAAAAAAAAAAUAGACCUUUAAUUGUAAUGUAACGGGUUUGAAAUUUGUAUUAACAUGGUGAACUUUGAAAAUAGGUUUUUAAUGCUUUUCCAGAAAAUAAUACGAAGUUAUAAAUAUUUUCUCAGUCUUACAAUUUAUUGCUAUUAAAAUAAUGAAUGUUACAUAUCACAAAACUUAGAUAGGGAAAGAAGUAAUAAAUUAUGGCGGUUGAAUUUGAAAAAGUAGAAUUUUCUAAACCACAUAAUUAUCAAAUAUCAAUAACUUUUUAGAUAGAUAUUCAGAUAUGAAACUGAUAUGGUAUAUUAGUUCAUCUCAGCAAAAAAAAAUUAUGAAUCUUCAAAUUCAAAUUUAAAAUAACACAUGAAAAAUACAAAAGUAACACAAUCA